GGCGAGGAGAAAUUGUCGGCGCUCGACGAAAUGCUCAAGAAAAGAAUGUCGCGGCGCCAGAGUUCCGUUGUUGACAAAGAGAACCGGAAGGACCGAUGGGGGAAGCUCAUCGAAAAAGCUCCCGUCAACGAUUCACGCACACAAGUAGUCGUCACGACCGAUUCUCUGAAAGAACUAAGUGCUGAGCUGGAGAAAGAGCAGAGUCGCAAGAAAAGCACCGAGGAAGUUGUGUCAAAAGACGCGCCUCAAUGCGAAGUCGACGCCAAGCAGCCGGAGAGCACCCCGGAGAAAGCAACGGGAGAGAAUGUGAAGGACGACACCGAGAAGAGGAACAAGGAAGACGAAUUGGACCAGAAACGCAAAGCUAGACAUAUUUCCAUGGGUGAUGACAGCAAGUCGACCCCCACGGACACCGCUCAUAGACCGAGCGCCGAUAGCAGGAAAGCGCCAACAGCGGGACUGGCUCUCGGGUCCACGAAUUGGGACGAUCUUGAGAAUCAUCGCCGGAAGCCUCGUGAAGAAGCCACGCCACCGAAAGAACAGCCCUCCGUACAUUUGCUCGUCAAUAAUCUCGUCAGGCCCUUCACUUUGGCCCAGCUGACCGAUUUCAUUUCGCACGGCAACGACCGGGUCGUCACUGACCUCUGGUUGGACAAGAUAAAGAGCAAAGCGAUCGCGACUUUCGAAACCUCGGAAAUGAGCGAGCGAGCCCGAGAAGAACUCCACAAUCUCGUGUGGCCCAAAGGCAGUCCUAAAACGAUCAAAUGUGAAUUUCUUACUCCAGACCAAGUUGAGGAUACGAAAAAUCCUUCAGAAGCGAAACCUCCCCAUAGUUCAGAAAGGGAGGAAAAGAAAGAACCGAGAGCUGAUGCCAAGGAAGAGGCUCCGAGACAAAGGGAGCGCGGCGAGAAUGGCUCCGGGAAGGCUGAGGGAGACGAUCUGCGGAGAACGCUGGACAAUCACAAGGAUAAGGACAGAUUGGCAGAGGAUCGUCACCACCGGCACAGUCGUCCGGAGAGGGAGGAGAGUCCGCCAUUGAAGAAGAUCCGUGAAUGGGAUCUGCCAAAGAUCCAACAGCAGCAGAAGCGAACGAAGGAGGAAGCAGCGCCGAAGGAGGAAUUGCCGAAGAAGGACAUCGACGACUCACCUUGCCUCGAGACUUUCUUCAAGAAGACCUCGGCUAUGCCACCGCUCUAUUGGUUGCCGUUGGAUGAAGAGCAAGCGAUUGAGAAGGCGAAGACCCGCGAGGCCAAGCAAAAGGAAGAUGAUCGUCAAAAACUUAGGCAGCUACGGAAGAACCGCCGCUUCUAGAAAUUCACAAUCGUUGCGGAAUGGAAGGAAACACCUGUCGGAGCGCCAAAAGUGAAUUCCCCAGUCAAGUUUAUUAGGUGAGACUUCCAACUCGAGGUUGUGGUAGCCUCUGUUGAUGUGGAAUCGGCUCCGAAAUAUCCGUGCCGGAGGGUUGACUUGGCGUUUCGGGAUUCGAUAGCGAUGUGAACACCCGCUGAAGAGCGAAUUUUUCCCCGAGAUCAUCUGAAUGAGACAGGGACCUUCGUGACAGGUGGCUCUCUGUAGAGCGGACUGAUUGAA